UCUUUACUUUACUAAUCAACAACGACGUUUGCAGGGUGUUAAAUGUUACUAUGUGAGGUGUUGCGAAUCGUAGAUUUUGAAUGGAGAGAAACGCUCCGGGGAAUUGGCCUCUGCGGGGCUAAAAAUACACACUCGCCAAAUUUGUCCGAGCUGCUGUAGCUAAUGUUAGCUAACAGCUGCCAGGCUCUGUUACAGUAGCUUCUAGUUUAGGAACAGUAACAGCAGAUAAAUGGCUGAGGCGGUCGCUAAUGUGGUCCGGAUGAUUAAUGCAACCAUAGAGGAGGGGAAUGAUGCACUAGAUCUGUCAAACUGCAAGCUCAUUUCCUUCCCAGAUGGUGUGUUUAAGCUCCUCACGAGUGUCUCAGACAACAUCCGCGUUAUCACAAUGGCUGACAAUAUGAUGAAGAGCAUUUCCAGCAGACUCUUUACAACCUUCUCUCUGCUGAGAGAACUGGACCUGCGAGGAAAUCUACUCACCAAACUGCCCGAGAUCGUGGGAGAAAUGGAGUAUUUAACCUGCAUCAAUCUGGCUAAUAACAACUUCUCCAUCUUCCCUGACAAGCUGACUGAAAUAGCCACACUGGAGAGGAUUAAUCUGGAGGGAAAUGGCAUCACAGAAAUACCAGUGGAGAAGUUGACCGACAUGCCAGCACUGAAGUGGCUGAACGUGAAGUCGAACCCGUUGGACUCAAACACUCAGUCUGCUCUGCAAUCUCCCCACAAUUUUGAAACAGAGUGCUAAACUAUGUCAUAUAUUUUAUUUACCCACCCACAGACUGCAUGCUGUGUGCCUUCUAGCUACUUCAGUUGGAUGCUUUGGUGUGCCAACAAAAACAAAAAAACAUGUUCAUCAACCAGAUGAAUAAAUUAAAAGUAAAAACCAAAAAGCGGGAUGAGGAAACAUACUUGAAGAUAUCAAGCUGAAGAUAUCAAAAUGGUUUACGAGAAUCAAAGAAAACAGAGAGGGUUUUAUUAAAGAUAGCGACCUCCUUGAAUAAGGUGUUAUUCUCUGCUGAUGACUUCACCCUGCGGCCUCGUUUUUUCCUCUUUUUAAGAACUACAAAUAGAUGAAAUCAAUCCAUCUAUAUGCAAUUUGAUUUUUAGAUAAAUAAGGAUUUAUUCAUUCCUUUUGAUUGUAAUAAAAAAGUUUUUUUUCCAUUAAAAAUAAUGCA